AUGCCCAUCAUCAGCAAUACAAACCAUGACUUCAGCACAUACUCUAUCAGCAGCGAUGACAGUAGUCUUGACCGCUUCUUCACUGAGAUCCCUGAGACUGAGACCAUAAAGGGGGUCUACUUCCAGCGUGCCCUGCUGCUGCGUGACCCUAAGGCUUCUUAUGUGGUCGACCACACCUUGCAGGUCCUCAUCAAUGUAGGGGGAAACCGCUAUACCUUCCCUUGGAGCACGCUGGAGCAGUUUCCCCAAAGUCGACUGGGUCGUCUUCGAUCCUGCACCACCCCGGAGGAGAUUGCUCGACUUUGUGACGACUACGAUGAAACCUGCAGGGAGUACUUCUUUGACAGGAACCCCACAGCCUUCAGGAUCAUCCUGAACUUCCUUGCCGCGGGAAAACUGCGUCUUCUACGGGAGCUGUGUGCUGUUUCUCUGCAUGAUGAGCUUGACUACUGGGGCGUGGACCCGGGCCACAUGGAACGCUGCUGCCGGCGGCGGAUGAUCACCCGUGUGGAUGAGGUGGUGGAGCGCCGGCGGAAAGAGAAAGAGUGGAGGCAGAAAAGAAUAAAGCUGAAGCAAAGACCCCCACAGACGGAAAAAGGAUACCGCAGACUGGUGCUGAUGCUGCGGGAAGUGAUGGAAAACCCUCACUCAGGUAUAGCCGGGAAAAUGUUUGCGUGUCUCUCGAUCAUCAUGGUUCUGGUAACUGUCAUCAGCCUCUGCAUCAGCACCAUGCCGGACCUCAGAGAUGAGGAGAACAGGGGCGAAUGCUCCCAGAAGUGUCGCAACAUGUUUGUUGUAGAGUCGGUCUGUGUGGCCUGGUUCACCCUGGAGUUCCUGCUACGGUUUGUCAAUGCUCCAAGCAAGCUGAGCUUCGCCCGCGGCCCGCUCAACAUAAUCGACGCCAUCGCCAUCCUGCCGUACUAUGUGUCGCUGGUGUUUGACGUUGGAGAGGAGGUGCAGGAUGAUGCGGUGAUGGGGGUUGGUAGAGGCUACCUAGACAAGCUGAGUCUGAUCUUGCGGCUGCUGCGGGCCUUGCGGAUCCUCUACGUCAUGCGGCUGGCGCGCCACUCUCUGGGCCUACAGACAUUGGGUGUGACCAUGCAGCGCAGCAUGAGGGAGUUCGGCCUGCUUCUCCUCUUUGUCUGCGUGGCGGUCACCCUCUUCUCUCCUUUGGUCCACCUAGCUGAGAGCGAACUGGCUCCGUUUGCUGCUGCGCACCCCCACCACAGCUUUAGCAGCAUCCCAGCCUCCUAUUGGUGGGCCAUUAUCUCCAUGACCACGGUGGGCUACGGCGACAUGGUUCCACGCAGCCUCCCCGGUCAGAUAGUGGCGCUUAUCAGCAUCCUGAGCGGCAUCCUCAUCAUGGCAUUCCCAGCCACCUCCAUCUUCCACACCUUCUCCCGUUCAUACCAGGAGCUGAAGCAGGAGUAUGAGCGGGUGUGGAAGCAGGAGCAACACGACGAGGUCAGCGAUAUCUCACAGGAAGAGUUCUUGUCUCCAAAAGGAAAGUGAUGGACUGAUGUCCAGAAAGAAGCAUCGAUUCACACUUCAUCCCAGUGCUUUCUGAUGCUGCCCGGACAUUGGCCAUUUUAAAACAGACAUUUUAAUUGAAGACUCUCCAUCCCUUUAAACUCUAAACCCUUCUAGAUGCUGUUCUUUAGGUCCAACUCGUCCCGAAGGGUCAGUGUCCUAUAGGUCAAUAUGUCCCUUAGCCUGAUUGCCUGAUUACCUGAUAACCUGAUACCUAAUUUAGAUGGAUAAGGUGCCUCCUUUAGUCAUAGAGUUCUGAAAAGUCUUUGUAAUGAAUCAUCUUUAAGUCAAUUAAACCAGGGAAGCAUCUAAAACAGCAGGAUCUCAGUUCUUGAGAACCGAUUUUGGACAACUCUGAUGUGAAUUUCCCAGUUUGGAGUCUUCCAUUUGGUCAGUCUUGUUCAGUUCUGAAGCUGUAACCCUUUAAUAAGUGAAGAUCCAGUUCUCUAUAUUCAGAUUAAGGAUGGAAUGGCGAUAAAUGCUGCCUAUAAUCAAUGAGGUGUAUCUGUUGAGUUCUGGCCAGGAUUUUCUGAGUGCUGUUUGUUGAGCAUGUUCUCCUGUUUACUGCUUGGGUUCUCUCUAGGUGUUCCGGCUUCCUAUUACCAUCUAAAAAUAUGUAUAUUUGGUCCCGACAAAGCUAACAUUUAAAAGGAAAGUUUAAAUUGCCUUUGGAGGGAGUUUGUUAGUUAGCCUCUUCGGAGCCUUGGGUCCUGAACACACCAAAUCCAGAGUUUAGAGCUCAUUCGUAGUCAAUGGAGACGAUCACACCAGACAUGAUUUUCUGCAGGGGGCCUGCGUAGCUCCAACUGAGAUAGAGACCCGGUCUAUUUUAGUUGGACUAUGCAUCAAUUCAGUGGCAAAAUCCCAGAUCAGGAAUUCUCCAAACACAACCAUGAACAAAUUUCACUGGUUUUCCCACAGUGUCUGAUUUUAUUUUGUGCAGGCUUUAACUUCCUAAGCAAACACAAAACACCCCUGCUGAGACUUUAGAAUAUUUUCCUGUGUUUCCAGGUGUUCCAAUAUCUCACACCAGACUUAAACAUCUUUCUGGGUUGUCUAGAUCCAGCAUUAGACUUGGAAAUGGAAAAUUGGAAAUUGAAAAUUAGAACAUUGAACUGGAAUAACAUGAAUGAGAUGGUUAGAACAUUUCAGACUCUAAACAACCAUGUUGUAUUUUGACAUUUAAUAUUUAUUUUCAACAACCUCCAUGAACGUCCAUGAAUUGCAGCUUCCGGCUGCGGUUCACUCAGUGGGCUAUAUUCCCACUCCACUAGGUCCUGAACUGAUCCCACACAUCCAGGUUUGUCUGGCAUUUCUUGUCAUGGUUACUCAAGUCACACACACACAACCAGGUUUAAUCAGUUUUUCCAGCAAUGAAAAACAGGAGACAAAGGGGCGGGCUGAAUUUCCCAAAAGUGAGGAAUGGGACAUAUAGUCCAUUAUUUUUACCUGGAACCUGAAAAUUCUGAUCUAAAAUCCAAGUAUAAAAUUGUUCAGCUUCAAACUUGGAAUCCAGCUGGACUUGGAAAGAGUGGUAAUAUAAACGGUUUGGUUUGAUAACAGUGGUAUAACAGUGUCAGCCACUUUACCGACCUACAUUUAAACAUGACUGAAUGAUUUAAAAACCCAAAGCUCCAACUUAGAUGGAGCUACGAGCUCCCAGUUUACCUCACAUGUAUGUUUUGAUUUGCUGGAGGAAACUCCGCAUAUCCAUCUGGAAACCUUCCGUUGAAGUAAUUUUGGGAAGGGGCGAAAAUACUGGUUAGCUGAUUGGCCUAUGUUGGUGAUAGACGGGCCAAAUAAAC